UCUCAUUCUAACCUUUUGGUACUUCCAUCCAAUCAUAACACAUUGAACUUCGCAUAUAAGAGUCCACUGCCAGUUAGCUCCUACGGUCUGACACUGUCCACGCGCAGCCACGCUCAAGCACAAGAUUGACGGUGUCUCCUGCUCUCCUGCAUGCUGUGCGUUCCAUGGGUCGCGUGAUGUUUUUCCCGAAAUAGAGUGUGAAAGCUCGUUUUCCAGCUGGAGUGACAGAAUUGUUUCUUCAUCGAAGCUGUGGCCGCUGGUCACAUGUCUCCUGUUUCUUAUGAACAGCGUCUGAUUCUUACCCUGAUUGCAGCGCGGCAGGACCAUCACCCUUCUUGUUACUUUUCUAGAUGUUGUGGUGUCUCCUUUCUGACUGACUGUAUGAUAUCAUUGUUUCUACGGGCAUCAGACCAGUUGAUGAGUGUGGAAGAAGGGGCUAUUCUUCGCGUGUGCUGAUAUAAACGUAGAAAAUUGCGACUCUAGUUGCUCUAACUCGCAAUGUGUAGAACUGGUGGGUGACUUCCAGCGAGGACGCAGUACCAUCAUGGUGCUGUAAAUCAAGCGAAUUCACACCAUGAAUCAAGCUUCCUGCACAGAUAUCAACAAUGUUUUGCCACGCUGGGGGAGGAAAUCAGUCCUCACCACGAACAGCUGACAGUUACGCGGAAUGAAGUCGUUCUGCGACUGAGGCCCUUUGUCACCUAUACUACUGCCUCGAGGAAAAUGGGGUUCCCUUCAGCUCUCUGGCUGAUACCCUUGUAUCUUACCCAUCUUUUGCUGUUUUUUUGUGGCGGUGCCUCAUGUACCCAGUUAUGCAGUCCAAUUUGGUAUCCACCCAUUUCUCAUGCACAUAUUCUCCAGUGGCCUCUGCUUUCGAACGAGGUGAAUGACCACGCAGUAACGCGUUUUCUACAUUCACGACAUCUUCUUUCAAGGCUGCCCGCUGUGUUGUCAGCAGCCUUCAAGGAUAGGGCGGUGCCAAGUUUUGUGUAUAGCCGACGGCGUGAUAAAUACCAGAACACAAAUAGUCGCGGUUUUCUUUCAAUGACGCGAUCUGCCGUCCCACAUGCCUUUCAGUUUCCCGGUGGUUUCAUGUGUGGGCCUUUUCUUGAACAAAGGGACUAUCUGAAGCAUUCCUGUCUUAGCGCAUUGCGGAGGGGAUCACCUUUAGAUCAGGGACAGAGAAUGCCGUAUACACUGUCAACAGUGUCGGGCUUCAAGGGAUGCGAUGUGAGAGUCCCACCAAUUGGACCCCUCUGUCCACACCACUCCAGCCUGCAUAUGGAUACGCGUUCGCCAGUCAGGGGUCCCCGCGCAUCACGGUUAUUUGCCUCGCGAGCGACUGAUGCGCAGAACACACCAGCCACAGCAUCCCGGCGAAGUACUGGUUUCUUAGUGAGAGUACCUUCGUUCGUACACAGACUGGCUGCGGCAGCGAUGUACUUCGUGCCGAACCUCGAACUGCUUCAGACAUUUUUGCCCUUUUUGACUACGAUGCUGCCCUCCGCCGCCCCACUUUGGACCAUUGCCGCCAGAUGUCUGGAGCUGUACAGCAGGAUUCCUUGUGCUUCCUUACUCUCUUUCGGGGCUCCAUACACUCUCCUUAUAAAGAAGAAGGAGCUGUUCAAGCCGUCGUAUUUCCUCCGGCACCACACAAUGACGGCUUUGCUACUGUCUAUGCUGCAGUACACGCUGAGCAUGAUAUAUCUCAAGGGAGUUAGUGCCUCCGUCACAGGAACAGCUCAUGAAACAAUCGUCCUAUCACUGUUCAUCACAGCUCAGACACUUCUGCUGAGCUCGAUGUUCAGUGCCCUUAGCGCAAAGUAUGCGUGGGUGCCUGUAGUGACCGAGGCUGUCACCAUGCACAUCGGCGAGAAGCCGUCAGACUCGUACUGAACAAGUUGCAGUAGGUGUUCCAGGGGGUUCUACUUCUCAUUGCCUACGCAAGGUGCCCUUUGCUGGUAUGCACGUCUUGUGUGUUUUGCUCAAGCAAGGAAAUUUUGAGGUACUACUGUGCUUUCUUGGACACGCGUACUGUCUUGCCACAGAUCAGGUACAUGUCCGUGGCGUUAGGAUUGCGAUAGAAAGAAUCCUACAGCGGCACCAUAUACCCAGCUGAUUUGUUUCGUGAUCGGAAUCGUAGGCGAUUUGUAAGAAGACCAAGCAAUUUGGAGUAUCCUCUCUCAUCUUGUUUUCAGAAUCUCGAUGACGUGAUGUUUCGUGACAUUCAGAGUGUGAAUUGCGGUACCGGUCAGCAUUUGAUUGAAAACAGCCACAAGGUUCGCGUAUAUGUUCGACCCUUUCUACUUCGACUGCGGGGAUAACAAGAACAUCGCGUAUUCGAUCGGAACAUGCGGAAAAGUUUCCGUGAUGCGGAUUCAUUGUGUAGGCACGGUGGAUCCAGUAUGUGCAGAUUUUUAUUGGAGACAGUUGGUUCCGCAACGACGCAACCGCGGAGGCCGGCUCCCGCAGAAUAGAAUAUAAGCAGUUUGACUAC